UAGCAGUAGCAGUAGCAGUAGUUCUGGUGGUUUGAAGAUUGGGUGUUCGAUGGCUUCCUCCGCUUCGCCUGAGACACCUAAGCCUAAGAUCAUCCCCGGUCCCGGUGGUUAUGUUCUUGAAGAUGUUCCUCACUUGUUGGAUUACAUCCCUGAUCUUCCUGUUUAUACCAAUCCGUUGCAAGACAAUCCGGCAUACUCAGUUGUUAAGCAAUAUUUUGUCCAUGUAGAUGACACCGUUCCUCAAAAGAUUGUUGUUCACAAGGAUAGUCCCAGAGGAGUGCAUUUCCGACGAGCUGGACCACGUCAAAAGGUAUAUUUUCACUCUGAUGAUGUUCAUGCCUGUAUUGUAACCUGUGGUAGUCUUUGCCCUGGACUCAACACCGUGAUUAGAGAGAUCGUAUGCGGCUUGUACCACAUGUAUGGUGUGAAGAAAGUUCUAGGCAUAGAUGGAGGAUACAGGGGGUUUUAUGCUAAAAAUACUGUGCAUUUAAAUCCUAAGGUUGUCAAUGGUAUCCAUAAACGUGGUGGAACAAUCCUUGGAACAUCACGAGGUGGGCAUGAUACCACAAAGAUUGUUGACAGCAUUCAGGAUCGAGGGAUUAAUCAGGUUUACAUUAUUGGUGGAGAUGGAACUCAGAGAGGAGCAUCUGUUAUUUUUGAGGAAGUUAGAAGGCGUGGUCUUAAAGUUUCAGUUGUUGGAAUACCUAAAACCAUUGACAAUGACGUCCCGGUUAUUGACAAGUCCUUUGGCUUUGAUACUGCUGUUGAGGAGGCUCAACGUGCCAUUAAUGCUGCUCAUGUUGAAGCUGAAAGUUCUGAGAAUUGCAUUGGCCUUGUGAAGUUGAUGGGUCGCUACAGUGGUUUUAUUGCAAUGUAUGCUACUCUUGCAAGCAGAGAUGUGGAUUGUUGCUUGAUGCCGGAGUCACCCUUUUAUCUUGAAGGACCUGGAGGACUUUUUGAAUACAUUGAGAGGCGACUUAAAGAAAAUGGGCACAUGGUUCUCGUGAUAGCAGAGGGUGCAGGACAGGAGCUGCUUGCUGAAUCAAGUACACAGAAAGAUGCUUCAGGAAACAAGCUUCUCCAGGAUGUUGGACUAUGGCUUUCGCAAAGGAUCAAGGAGCACUUUUCAAAAGAAACGAUGAUGACCAUAAAUCUCAAAUAUAUAGAUCCUACUUAUAUGAUUCGUGCUAUUCCAAGUAAUGCAUCUGACAAUGUUUACUGCACACUUCUUGCUCAAAGUGCUGUUCAUGGAGCAAUGGCUGGGUACACCGGAUACACAAGCGGUCUUGUCAACGGCAGGCAGACAUACAUACCUUUCUACCGGAUUACCGAGAAACAGAACAAGGUUGUGAUAACAGAUAGGAUGUGGGCAAGGCUUCUGUCUUCAACUAAUCAACCAAGCUUUUUGCACCCCAAAGAUAUUAUCGAAGAUGAGGUCGAUGAAGCAAGUCCAUUGUUUGAUAAUGGAAACUGCAACCCCAGUUGAGGUUGAUAGUUUAUCGAUGUUCGUGCAGUGCAUAGAUUAUAAUAAGCAAAUUAGCCAGCUGCCUAGUGUUCUUACAUACAUCCUAAAAUGAUCCUGUUGUGUACUAUUCUUCAUGCUGAUUUUCAGGU